AUGGUAGUUCAACAUGGAUGGAUUGUAGGUGAUCCAAGUGUUCAUGUUGCUGGAGCCCAGCAGCUUACAGACUUGGAACAAAAACUAGCAAUUGCAAGGGAAGAAUUAGAAAAAGCAGCUCUUGACAAAGAAUCACAGCUGAAAGCUCUGAAGGAGACUGUACAACUAUGCCUCUCAUCGGUUUUACACACUAAGUCUCCUACUGCCAAUAUAAUCCCUUCAAGAUCAAUCGACAGACAGACAUCUUCUUUUAGAAAUGGUUCAAAAGCUCCACUUCAAGUGACAAACCCCAAGCAAAGAAUUCCUACAGGCAAAGAGACUCCUCAAGUUUCUUCAAAAAAGGUGGAUACCGAUAAAAACACAUCAGAAUGCAACUCAAAAGACAUUGGCAACGCUUGCUUAGGAAACCAGAGUAAUGUAACAGAUCCUAGCAUGCAGAAAUCGCACAGUCCUCCAUGGAUUAAACCAGAAAAUAACAAAUCAACCGAGAGAAAAGGAAACAAUGCUGAAGAGUCAGCUAAAAUCAAUGAAAAGACUCUGUAAAUGCCAUCUUGCUAUCUUUAAAAUGUUAUUCAUUUGCUAUCGUCUUCAUCUUUUUAGUCCAGAGGCAUGAAAAUGUACCAGGUUUCUAGAGCAUGCAAUUUUUUCACUAUUUUAUGGAUGUUUGUAAAUUAGUCAAGAAAUUUCUGAAAUAGAUUGACUAGUAUCUUUCAGCAAUAAUCCAACACAAAUGGAUGUUUGAAAAAAAAUGCUUUGUAAUACAGUCCAGUUUUUUGAAAUAUUAUUCUGCCCUGAUCUGUAACUUGCUUAUUAUAAAUCA